CACGUGAUUCGUUGUCGUGUUGUGGCGGUAAGGGUAGCUAACUGUUACAGGCAGCAGAACAUGACCGAAUCACAUGAAAAACAUCCUCUAAAUCGUAAUUAGUAUUUUAUUUUAUUUUUUAAAAACGAGUUAUCGUUUAGUGACAUGCGCACGGAGCAUAUCUAUGGAAACUGUCCAACACAGGCAGGUUUAGUGUGACUUUUUUGUUUUGCUUCUGCGGAGGAAUGUUACCAAACGUUAGUUCUUGUGUAAUAAUAAUAGCCCGUGUUUUGAGGUGACGCCGCGUGUGUUGCUCCUCCGUCCAAAUGUCACAGAGGGACGACUCCGAGGAUGACAUCUGGGAAUACAAACCUCUCGAGAAGAAAAGAAAAAGCAGCAAAUCGCCACGCGUUUGCAGGAGAACAAGCGCCCCCAGGAAGACGCCAAAGAACGCGGCUCCUCUCUCUGUCGGGCCAAAGACAGAACAAGAAGCGGCCGGAGACCCCUCAGCUGUAGGGGAUGCUUCUGUUUUGUUAUCUGGCGAACCCCCCAUCACGUCUCCUCCUGCCGAGGGGCCAACAUCUGGGCGCUACUGCCCCAUCUGUCAGAUGCCCUUCUGCAUUCUGGUCGUGCAGUCCCAGAGGUGGCAUGUGGCCGAAUGCCUCGACACCCCCAGGGACAAAUGCGGAGAAUGUCCAGAUGGUCUCCGGUGUUCCUCCACCCUUCCAAACCACUACAAGAGGUUCAACCACACGCUUCUCGCCGAAAGCCGUGCGAGCGGCGCCGCGGCAGCCCCCGGUCUGUCCCGGCAGACCGACGCCGGCAGGGAAGCGGGUUUCCAAGAGACGCUCAGCUUCCCGUCAGAUCCCUCUCCGGGCCGCGCCCCCGUCCCCGCCUCCCCGCGACAGAAUCACGCCGCAGCACCUCCGUCAGAGCCUGCAAACGGCCUUCUGAUGCUGCGCUCCCCCGGGCCGGACGACUUCAAGAAAAAGAAAGGCUGGUUAAGAAGUAAUAAAGUCCAAAAGGCUGCGGGCGCCUCGCAAGGUAAAACGGACACUUCAUCCACUCCAGUCAAGGAAAGCGCUGCAGCUCAGGCAAGUUCAGCUAAGGAGGAACCUUUUCGCGAGGAUGAUGAUGAUGAGGAUGAUGGGAUUUCCUACUCUCCGCUGUCUGAGCUCCCUGCAGAACCAGAAGUCGGCGAUAACUGCAGAAAGUCUCUCUUUCCUAACGGAGGGUCAGAGCACGAACGCUCAGUGAUGCUGUUCAGCAACAGCUUCUCUAGCGAAGAUGAAAUCCUGGCCGAGUUUAUAGACAAUAACUGUGAGGACCAUGAAACGCCAACAAACGAUCCCUCCUCCUCCUCCCAGCUGUAUGCAGUCUCUUCGUUAGCACCUACUAAUGAACAGGCCGGCCCAAACAGAGCAGAUGCAGAGGCUCGGUCUCCAUCUGGCAGUAAAACCAGCAGCAGCGGCUUGCAGUCGCCGCAGAGAAUCGUUUUAGAGCGUCUAAGAGAAAGCCUCGGUCAGAAACCUCGCUCUCCUCCAGUAUCUACGUCGCAGGACUCUUCUGUGACAAAACAGCAACCCAUGCCUCCUCAGAAAGGCCAGGCCAAGGCGGGCCAAGCCCCCGGCCUGAAGCAGACCGACAUCGGGGUGUUUUUCGGCCUCAAGCCGCUCAAGGCGACGGAGACCGAAAGCGGACAACACAAGCCGGACGCCUCCUCCGCGCCGCCGUCCGGUAAGAACCCGGGCGGGAGGAGGCGAAGGGGAGACGGACGGGGGAGAGGCCAGGCCGAGCCGGCGGCAGAGGCCUCGCAGGCAGCGGGGUUUAGAGACGACUCGAGCUCGGCGGGCGUAGCCGGCAAAGGCGGGAACAGAGGCUGGAGAAGGAGGUGGAGCAGAGCGGACGGCGACGGGGAAGUGCAGCUGCCUCGUUGUCCUUUUUACAAGAAGAUUCCUGGUACCAAGUUUGUUGUCGACGCGUUUCGUUACGGAGAGAUUCAGGGCAUCAGCACCUACUUCCUAACGCAUUUCCACUCGGACCAUUAUGGAGGCCUGACCAAGAGCUCCACAUUUCCAAUCUACUGUAACAGGAUCACAGGCAACCUGGUGAAGAGCAAGCUGAGGGUGGCAGAGCAGUACGUCCACAUCCUGCCCAUGAACACCGAGGUGGAGGUAGACGGAGUCAGGGUCAUCCUCCUGGACGCCAACCAUUGUCCAGGAGCUGCGAUGCUGCUGUUCUUCCUGCCCGAUGGACAGACGGUGCUCCACACCGGUGACUUCAGGGCCGACCCCUCCAUGGAAACUUACCCUCAGCUGCUCGGCUGCCGGGUUCAGACUCUCUACCUGGACACCACCUACUGCAGCCCGGAGUACACCUUCCCCCGGCAGCAGGAGGUCAUCAACUUUGCCGCCAGCACGGCCUUCGAGUUGGUGACCCUCCACCCGCGCACCCUCGUGGUGUGUGGCUCGUACUCCGUGGGGAAAGAAAAGGUCUUCCUAGCUCUGGCAGAGGUCUUGGGGUCAAAAGUGUGCCUCUCCAGAGACAAAUACAACACCAUGUGCUGCCUGGAGUCUCAGCAAAUCAAGGAGCGCAUAACCACGGACUGGAAGGCGGCCCAGGUUCACGUGCUUCCCAUGAUGCAGCUCUCCUUUAAUAAGCUGCAGCAGCACCUGGCACGCUUCUCAGCACAGUACGAUCGGCUGGUAGCCUUCAAGCCCACCGGCUGGACCUUUAGCGAGCAGGUGGAGUCGGUGGAAGACAUCCAGCCACAGAUUAGUGGCAACAUCUCUGUUUAUGGAAUCCCGUACAGUGAACACAGCAGCUUCCUGGAGCUGAAACGGUUCGUCCAGUGGCUCAAGCCUCUGAAGAUCAUCCCCACCGUCAACGUUGGCAGCUGGUCUAGCAGGAAGGCCAUGGAGAAGUGUUUCAGCGAGUGGCUCUCAGAAGCUAGAGCUAAGCUCUGAUACGUGCCGCUGAUUUUAAAUAACACGUUAUUUAAAAAACCCCAAAAACAUCCAGUUUAGUAUUUGAGUAGUAAUACACUACUAAUUUAUACCUAAUUUAUUUAUUUUUUAUUGAUGAAAGCCCUUUAGCAAUCGACUAAUGAAGUGACAUCAUGCCAUGCUGAUCCUGAAUGGUUAAAUAUGCACUCUUAGACCAGUUUACAGAUUAAUUCUUCAAUCCACUGCUGCCUUAAAUAAUAAUAAUGUGCUGUUUACAGAAACUUAUUUUCGGUUAAAGCAGUCAUUGAGGCAUUUGACUGCUGAAUUGACUGGUUAAGUGUUGUAACAUUCCCUGUAUGUAUUCAUUCAACAUACUUUAAAUGCUGCUCUUAAACUGUACUUAUGUUUUAUAUAAUGUUUGUAUGCUAUAAAAUAAAAGUCUUAAAUAUUCUUUA